CGAAAUGAAUAACUUCUUAUAGCCGAUCGACCCGGCACGUCAUAGUGUAAAAUCUUGCACGCAACACGCUUUCCAAUCAGUUCGUCCGCGAGUGACGGAAAAUAUUCAAGUCAUUUCCAUCUCUCGACUCAGUCCUGGCCUCGCCGUCUCGUCUCUCAUGGAUUGUGUGAAGUAAAAUGCGAACUCGGGAAUUAUUACCCAUGCCUGGAAAGUAAUCAUUUAUCUAAAGCAGAACAUUAUUCAUUCAUGUAUGGUUUUAGAACCCGCAAUGACUGUGGUAGCUGACAGCAUGUGUAAAAUAUUCAUCACGGCCUAAUUGGAAUCUGCACCAUAAAUCUGUGCUCUGGCGCUCUCUCCCUUUUACCCUCAACCUGCGCGCCGUCGUUAUCAUCUUUCCCCGAUGGUUAAGCUUAAUACUUCCUAGCCCGGACAUAUAAAUCUCGUGAGGCAAAGCACAAUGUUUGUGUUAUGGGAUAUUAAUAUGGCUGACGGCAUCGUGGGAACACUCAAUGAGCAGAAUCUCGCCCAUCGAGACUUCAAGAACCUACAUUUCUUGGAAACGGAAAGGUGUCUCUAAACUCUGGAUCUCUCAUUCUACAGGAGUUAAACCGGGACAUGGAAAGGACAAACGGCGACACAUUGCGUGGAAAUAAGAUAAAUCCAGUGCCUUUGAUCGGGCCCUACCCCGCAUUGCAAAAUAAGACAUCACAUUAUUCACAUGGAAUUUCACUUUACUCGGAAGUUGGACACCUUUCCUGUAUCGUCGAAGUUUGUGUUAACUUUAAACGGGAUACUUAUCCUGGUCUAGGAGUCACAGGAGUCGCACUGAUAAUCGUAUUCACCACCCGACCAUCUUUCAAACAUGUCCGAAUCGACAUCAGGACCCUAGUGCCUCCCAUCGACAGAACCACCACGGCUCCAUUAGCCCCCAGUCAGUCCGACUUACCACCACCACCAGGACAAAUGUACCCUAAUACCAGUACCCCUCACGCGACCACGCCCUAUGAUGACUACACCCCGACUUCAAACUCUUCAUCCCUCUCUACCCUUAAUGACUCCUCCAUUCUUACAACAACAGUAGUACCUUCCAAUACCACGGACGUCUAUACUUACAGCGACACGGCAACGCUUUCGGAUUUCCUUAAUUACACAGAAGAUGGCAAUUCUACGAUUGUUACGUCACUGGUGACGUCAUUUGUCUCCAAUGAAACGCUGGGUGAUAAUGCAAGUCACGUUGGCAUACCUGGGGAUGUUAUUCGACAUCCCAACAAAGGAGGUUUGUCCAGAAGUUAUAUUGUGCUUAUUACGUCUCUCUCAAUCGUGAUUGGUUGUUUCGCUUUCACUGCUCUGCUUCUCAGGAUAGGGAGUAGGGUGAUGAAAGCGAGGAAAGAGGCUGAGGAGAGGAGGAGAAAGAGACGGCAUGCCUUAAGAAGAAACCAGGGAAAGCGUUCUCCUCAAAUCACCAUCAAACAGAUUCGAGUACGAAUAGAACCUGAUAAGAAAGGAAAACGAGCUCCCAAAGGUGUCACCAAGCAGAUACGGGCACAACCGAAUCGACUGAGUCUCCGGCAGCGGCAGGAAAGAGAAGCUGAGACAUCUUUCAUUACAUUACCUCAGACUUCCACAAGAACUAACAGUGCUCUACUAGAGAUCGGCACAUGUACAACUGAUGUUGUUCUCGGUAAGGGAAUGGUUUCCACGCUCAAAGGGGACUCCUUUACAUCAGAAACUGAACUUCUUGAAUCCUUGGAUCAACAGAAAAUUAAACACCGUGACAACGAAUAUGACAAUCCCAUCAUGAAUUUGAAAGACCCCGAUGAGGAUAUUGACAUGAUUAAGAAUGCUCGAAGAACGAGCACAGAGACGGAUACCCUGUUCACCUCUGAUACUAGUAAUGUUCCAAGCUGGAAUAAUUCACCGCUUCAUUUUAUCAGCGGUAGAGCUGUAAGACGAGCAUCGUCGCCUGAAAGGACAUCAUUGUCAGGUGCGAACGCGGAAAGGGAUUCUGUCUUCAGGGAAAGCUCAGAGUCCGGUAGCAACGGUGAGGUGCAUCGCCGGAUCAAACUGUUGCGAAUGCAUGGCCGGAGGAACAGUGGUAACAACUCGAAAGAUUCUGGAUACGCAGGUGGGAGUUUUGCCUCAAACGAUAGUUCACGUAAUCUUUUAGCGUACAAAGAUUUGCGCGAAGAUCAGCAGAAACGGGAAAAACCCAAUCUGGGCGUUAUGAAAGACGUUGAUAAUACGAGGGAUACUACACCUGUUAUAUUUGAAAUGGAGAGUGAAACGGCGCCUCUUGUUCGUCUCAACAGCACCCGACCAUUAAAUCCCCAGCAGCCAAGGCGUUACAGUCUUCAGGUACCCCCACAACCUUCUUUGUACCAUGCCAAUGUGAUGCGUAACAACAGCCACCCGUACUACCAUCAGGUCCGACCUGUGAGGCGUAUAGUUGGAUCAUCAGUGAGAGGGAGAAGGAAUCCUUUGCCAUUCUAUCCCCGAGAUAUCCCAAGGCAUGAACGGUACAAUGAAUACCCAUACAUAGUGGACUGCCCGCCGCUUUACUACGAAGACUCUUACUUCAAUUUCAACGAGCCUUCGGAACAUCCUGCAAGGACACCUCGUAGGACCAACAACCCACUGUAUCGUCUACCUCCACAGGAGAAUCAGCAGUACUCGCCAAACCUCUUCCCAUCUCUUUCUUCCUUUCCAGUGACUCCCCAGCUCCAUCAAGUACCUCACGACCAGAUGCAAUUUGUAAAACGCAGGACAACCUCAACCCAGACACCAACCGACUACAGCCCAGAUACUCCCCCAGCUAGCCCGCCCUCUGCGCCGUCCAUCAUCAGAUGGCACAGGGAAGGGCGGUCGUUCGUUAUAAUGCCUCGUGAGGACAUGGCUCUUGAUUACCUCGGUCCGAUCUACUUAGCGGAAUCCAUGAGUGACAGUGAUCAAAGCCUCGAUGAACCUACGGCUGUAGCCAUUGCAUCAGACUCUGAUACCACACGACCACCGCAGCAGCCCCAAGAAGGACGCGCCACGAACUCUGAAACAGACAGUAAUCAGUCGGAUAGGUCAGAUUCGAAUGAUGACGAAGACAGCACGAAGACAUCCUCUAAAGAUGAGGACAGUAUAAAAGAUGAAAAAGCACUGCUCUUGGAGGCUAAAUCUGAUUGGAUUCAUGAUACACAAUUAUGAAGAUAUAAACCAGACUUAACCAUGAUUUUUUUUCUCUGAGUAUCCUCAAGUAUAUCACUCUUGUUGAAGUUAUUACCAGGAAUAGGUGAUUUCACUGAAUGUGGGCAGUAUCAUAGCCCAUUAUGUUUUGUGGCACAUAAUCUUUGUCAUUUCGACGACAUAGCGUUUGUAUACAUAUAGCACAUAUGUAACCUUUCCUGCACAAUCCCCAGAUUUACUGCAUUCUUGUAAAACUGAAAUUAUCAAUUACUGCAUUCUUGUAAAACUGUGAAAUUAUCAAUACAAAUCAGUCGAGAUAUCCAUGGGGGGCGGGCAACGGAGAUGAUAUUGAUAAUAUUCUAGGGGAAAUACCUCUCACACCUCUAUAAACCUUCAUGUUAUGCUACCUAUACAUAGAGAAAAUGUAGGAUUUUUAUUGUUACAGAAAAAUGCUUCAUGGAGGUAUUAACCAACAUUGGGUAUUUCUUGUGAGCAUUUUUAUUUAUCCAGUGUGAUGAAAAUUUUGCCCGCUCUAAAGUAAUUGCUCAUUUUUGUUCACAUUACUGGACAAUAUGCUUCCCGCAUUGGAUAAAAUACUGCCCUAAAUGGUUGGACAAAAAAUGACCCUAAUGCUAUUUAAAAUUUUACCCAAUGUUUUUUUUACAGUAAACAGGACGUGGGUAUUAUCUUUUGGUGAAGUUGACCUUGGUCAGGGAUGGUGGAACCUGCCAUCUAAAAAGUGGGAUAUCAUGCUAAUGCUUGGACACAAGGCACGAAAAUUAAAAGGGGUUGUUUGUUUUUUCGGGGGUCACUUUUCGUUUAAGAGUAGGUUAAAAAAUAAGAAACUUCUUCUUAGCGACAGGCGAAUCCAAGAGAACCCGCGAAAAAUAUGCGAAGCUUCCGAACAUUUGAGCGCACGUUUUGGGCACCCUUGUCGCGUCCUUAAAAAAAGCCUUCGCAAAAUUUCCACGAGCCCCGUGAAUAACACGCCGUGGCGGAGAAAGACGUGUUUCCCCAAUGAAUCGGGAUUGGUGACACCAUUCAAGGAAAUUCUGAAAAAAAAACACAGAUGGGCAUCAUGGUUGAUUAUACAUUACCAAACGUCGAGGUAAAUGUGGUACAAUAGCGAUAUGGUUUUUAUCAUUUGGUCCCUUCUUUAGGUAUGACUGUGAUAAAAACGUUCGGAACUCUCGGGAAAAGAGUUCUAGUUGCACUCCGUUGUGAAGUUUGUGUAGUGACACAUUUGCUGUUUUUUACCACUUGUCUUUCGAAUCUACAAUUUAAUGUCGGGAUAUUUCCGGAGCAUUUCCGUAAGAACAACCGGCACUUGUUUAAAUUUCCGUUCAUAAUAAGUUUAUAUUUCGGAAAUAUUGCCGUAUUUUGACCGAGGCGUACAUUAGCAGGGGUCAGUCAAAAUGAUAUUAAUAUACACAACCAAUGGUAAUCACCGCCCGAAAGAAGAACAUCAUUAACCAUGUUAACUUACGUCACAUAAUAAAUAUUUCGUAACAAUUACUUUAUCGAGCAAAGUAAGUGAGAGAGUAAUGUUUUUUCCAGCAAUUGAAUGUCGCACAAUUAAAUGCGUCCUUUCGACGCAAUUUUGCGGCAACUUUAUGUUCAGUAAUAUUGUGAUUAACAUAUAGUCGCGAUAAACAGUACCAAUAAAAUAGAGAUCUGACCACAAGGCGUAAAACAUAAUUUUUAUUAUUUUUUCCAUAUUAUAUAAUUUCAUACUAUAGUAUUCCGAGCAUUAUUCCAAAUGCCAAUGAAGACAAUUAUACUUUCAAUACAAAUUGCGAUUUCUUGAAUAAUCAGGUCGUAGCCGGAUUGCAUAGUAUGCUGUGGACAGAAGAUAGAUAGUGCACAUAAAUCAAUAAAAGUUGUUCUUGUGAAAUUAACCCAUGUAGGGGUUCGCGCGAUUGUAUGUGCCAUUCAUCGUAAAUAUUUUGCAUUUUUGCUGCAUUGAAGCUGUCACGUCGAGUAAGGGUCGAUCUCACUCUUAAUAUUAGGUAGAUUUCGCAACCACUAUGCACAGCAAAAACUGUGGUGUUAACCGGUGUACAUAGAGGACCACAUCAGUUAUUUUACACUGGUGUU